AUGGCUUACGAGAUAAAACAAUUUGGCAUUCUUGUCAUUGUGUUAACCACGACUUUCCUUUCUUCCCAUUUAAUUCCAACUGUAGUUUGCACAGGCACUGCCAUCCCAUUGGAAAAGUCAAAACUCGACGAUUGGAUUGACAGAAGCAUCAAAGACUUUGAUGAAAAGAAGACAAAAUUUAAUAACACAAAGUCCGCCUUGUACAGAGCUUUGGCAGCCGCAGAAGCACAUGUUAAGGUGAUAACGGUCAAGAAAGAUGGUAGCGGAGAUUUCAAGUCAGUGACUGAUGCAAUAAAGAGCAUACCUGCAGGGAAUUCACAAAGGGUGUUGAUUAAAAUUGGUGCAGGAGAGUACCGCGAGAAGAUCUUAAUUGACAGAUCAAAGAACUUUAUAACGCUUUUUGGGGACCCAAAAGGGUUAACAACCAUUGUGUACGAUGGGACGGCUGCUAAGUAUGGCACAUUUAAUAGUGCUACAGCGAUUGUGGAAAGUCAUUACUUCGUAGCUGUUAAUAUUGCGUUUGUGAAUUCAUCUCCAAUGCCAGAUAGUAGAAGAUUAGAUGCACAGGCAGUUGCCUUAAGAAUAUCAGGAGAUAAAGCAGCAUUUCAUAAUUGCAAGUUCAUAGGUUUUCAAGACACAUUGUGUGAUGAUAUGGGAAGACAUUUCUUCAGAAAUUGUUACAUCGAAGGCACAGUCGACUUCAUUUUUGGAAAUGGACAAUCCCUUUACUUGAACACUACUAUAAAAUCCGUUGCAAAAGGGUUGGGAGUGAUCACUGCAAAUGGAAGGGAAAAACCGAUUCAGAAAAGUGGAUUCGCAUUUGUACAUUGCACCAUAGUUGGGACCGGUGACAUUUAUCUUGGGCGUGCAUGGAAGGAGAGUCCUAGAGUCAUCUUUGCUUACACAUAUAUGGGCGCUCUCAUAAACAGUGAUGGGUGGUUAAAUAGCAUGAGCGACAACGAUAAAAAGAGUGUUUAUUUUGGCGAGUACAAGUGCAAGGGACCAGGAGCUAUUUCUUCUGAAAGAGCAAAAUUUGUGAAGAUACUAUCAGAUAAAGAAGCUGAACCUUUUUUGAGCAUGACUUACUUAAACGGCAACAAGUGGAUUCUCCCACCUCCUAAUGUAUGAAUGAAUUCACGUACUAAUAUAAGA